AUGGAUUUAGAUUUCGAUGUACUAAAAGAUGAUGAAUUAGAUGCAUUUGAUCUAGUUGUAUAUGGAAUACCGCCAAACAUACAUAUACGUGCUAAUUAUUUUGAAAAAUAUGACGACUUAAAUUUUUUUAGAAGAUUUAGGUUACGAAAACAGUCUGUUAUUAAUAUAUUAGAACAAAUUCAAGAUCGCCUGGAGUAUACACAUUACAGAAAUAAUCCAGUUACACCAAUGCAACAAUUGCUCAUUGCUUUACGUUUAUAUUCGACUAAUGGAUUUUUGAUAACAAUGGGUGAUUAUAGUGGAAUGGAUAAAUUUACAGUUUCAAGAAUAAUGGUAGUGUCUGAGGCUAUAGCUUCAUUGGCAAUUUACAUAAAAUUACCACAAACACAAGAAGACAUUUUACGAACUCAGAGAAAUUUUUUUAAUAUUGCUAGUAAUUUGCUGAUUAUCAUUUCACAACCUUGGAAUGCUCUAGAGAUCUCUAUAAAUGAUCAGAUUGAGUUUGAAGAUUAUAUUGGCACAAUCAACUUUCAAAAAGGACAGCCGAUUCCUCAGGAAUUAUCACCAAUUUUUAGAGAUCACGAACUUGUCGAGUGA